AUGGAUGCCUCGCUGCAGUUUGAGAUAAUUUCUGAAACAGUCAUCAAGCCUUCCUCACCCACUCCUCCUCCUUUGAGAUACCACAAGCUCUCAUCGGUAGAUCAAGCAAUGCCACCAAACUAUCGGAUCCGGUUGGCUUUCUUCUAUGCUAAUAUUAAGGGAACUCGUUGGCUUGCCAAUGAAAUAUCACAACUGCUUAAAAGUUCUCUCUCAAAAGCUCUUGCCCAGUAUUACCCUUUCGCCGGAAGGCUGAUGAAAAACGGCUAUAUGAUUGAUUGCAACGACAUGGGCGCUCAAUUUACUGAAGGCCGAAUUAAUUCUCGAGUGGCUGAGAUUCGCAACCAAUUAAGUUCAAGUUCUGAAAAAGUGCAAGAUCUUAUCUUUGCUAGAUCUCUAUUCUCCGGGCCAGCCUCAGCUAAUCAUCGUAGUCUAGUAUUUGUUCAGCUCAGUUCUUUCAACUGUGGAGGCAUAGUAUUGAGUGUGUCUAUAAAUCACAGGAUUGCUGAUGCAUCCAGCGUAUCAACUUUCAUGAAUGAUUGGGCAGCAAUAGCUCGUCAAACGAGUGACAUCCCAUCUCCUCAUCUUCACGGAGCUUCUCUAUUCCCCCCUGUUGACGGUCAGCAAUAUCGACACCCAUUUCCUCCUAAGCCGGAUCAAGGGAAGUACGCGAAAAGGAUAUUGGCGUUCCAUGCUUCUAAAAUUGGAGAACUCAAGGCUGCUGCUCUUAACUCAGGAGUAGAAAACCCUACUCGGUUUGAAGUUGUGUCAGCCCUACUUUACAGUUGUUUUAUGUCUGCAGCAUCAAAGGCAAACUCGGGAUCACACAUCCGCCCAUCAAUCUUCUUUAAUGCUGUGAAUUUUCGACAAAUAAUUGUCCCUCCACUUCCACAAAAUUCAGUUGGGAAUUUUGUCACCUCUUUCCUGACAUCAGUUGACAACAAUGCUGAAGUUAAAUUACCAGAGUUAGUUAAUAAACUGAGGGAAGGCAAAACAAAAUUGCGCAAGGAGUGCACAGAAAACAUCAAUGCCAUUCCUAGUAAGCUAAAAGCAUCCCAUUCAGCAUCGCAGACAGCAGCAAUUGAAACAAUCAACUCUGACUGCUACGGGUGCUCAAGCUGGUGUAGGUUUCCAUUUUAUGGUGUUGAUUUUGGCUGGGGAACACCUUCGCUGGUAUACCCAGCAAUCAUUCCAGAGCAAAAUGCCAACAUUUUGGUAUUGAUAGACAUGGAAGAUGGUAAUGGAAUAUAUGCACAUCUUAUCCUAAAAGAGUUGGACAUGUCACUAUUGGAAGAAAAUGAGGUGCUGCUUGCUUAUGCCUCUUUGGAUGCUUAA